AUGUCGUCUUCUGAUGAGGACGCAUUUCCCGUCGACCGGGAGGCUGCCAUGGAUGCCAUCGCAAAAAUGAUCGAUUCCGAAGGCCUCGAGAAGUUGACAAGUUCAAAGAUUCGUGCGCACCUCAAAUCGACAUUCAACAAAGACUUUGACAACUAUCGGAAAGAAGUAGAUGAGUUGACAAAAGAAACUAUCGAAAGGAGGGAAAAGAGCAAAGAAGCUCCCACGGCAGACAAUGGAAAUGACAGAGAGAAGGCCGAGAAAGCUGCUGCAUCCGACACUGAAAGCGAUACUUCUGAUGAAGGAGUUGUUGAUGACAGACGAGCCUCGACGAAGAAAAAGAAAUCUCAUAAAAGAAAGCUUAACGAUGAUGUAGGGGACGUGGACCUUAUGACGGCGGUGAAACAUCGUCGACGAGCGGCUGCUGACAAGGCAGUUCAGAUCCUUAAAAAAACUGCGGACCGUACAGACAGAUCAAAGAAAAAGGACAAAAAUGCACCUAAAGGAGAUCAUUCUGGCAAAUUUGGGCGCAUGACGAAGUUAUGCCUACUUAGCGAGGAGUUGCAAAGUAUUGUAGGAGCUCGCUUCAUGAAAAGAUGUGAUGUUAUUGCAAAAAUGUGGGAGUACAUCCGAGCGAAUAACCUCUUCGAUCCGAAGGACAAACGUUUUUGUUUUGUCGAUGACAAGUUGCGAGGUGUUUUUGGGCCCUGCAAACGUUUCAGGGCCUUCUCGAUGUCAAAGCCGCUUGCAAAGCAUAUUAAAGAACCGGCACUCCUAGGAGGCGAAAUCGAGCAAGAAGCAUUAGCCGAAGAAGCCCGCCUUACAGCCGAAUGGAAGGCGCGCCAGGCAAUGGCAGAUAGCGGUAGCGGGGAGGUUUCAAGGAGCACUGAAUCUCCACAAAAUGCUGCAGAGGAAGCGGCACAUAAUCUAACGAUAUUUGGUUGUUCAUGUCCAUAG